UAUUUAAGGGACCCUGAAAUUUCAGACACUGCAGGAAUAUCAUCUACAGAGGAUUUAUUUUUUUCCAUACUAAAGCUUCUGAGACUGGAAGCCCAAAGAAACACCUUCGCAUAUACUACCUGAGAGCUGACUUUGGUUUCAACUUAAGAUGUCUUCAGUAACUAUGUCACUUCGGUUUGCAUUGCUUUAUGUUCUAGGCUUUCUGUGUUUGGCGCCCAACAGCUUUGGAGCUAAUUUAGUUGCAGCGCCCAUAGGAUGCAGCACGCGCGCGGAGGAGUUGUCGGACAGCCCGGACUCGCGCGCGCUGCUGCUGUGUCCCGCUAACUGCACGCAGUGGAAGCCCCCAGUGUACGGCUCCGGGAUCUACGCCUCCAUCUCCAGCAUCUGCGGCGCUGCGCUGCACAGUGGGAUCAUAAGUAUGUCGGGAGGAGCUGUGGAGAUUCAGAAAGUGGUGGGCAAGAGUAACUAUCUCAGCUCUUUCGCACACGGCAUCCAGACCCAGUCUCUGGCCAGGUGGAGUGCAUCGUUCACUGUAGCCAGAGCAUUAAGCUUCCCUAUGGAAGUGUCCAGUCAUACCGUCACUGCUGAUAUUCCAGCAACAGGAGCAGCAAAGAAACCUGUCAAGAAGACCCCAAAGAAACCUCCACCAACAGAAAACAGGGAUUGUCUUGUGGAUAUAGCUGUGAUCCUGGACAGCAGCUAUCAUAUAGGACAUCGUCGCUUCAACCUACAGAAGAACUUUAUUGGCAGACUAGCAGCAAUGCUAAAGGUUGGGCCAGAUGGACCACAUGUGGGAGUGGUGCAAGCCGGUGAGACACCUCGGAUUGAAUUCUACCUGGGAAACUAUAGCAUGCCGAAGGAUGUGAUUUUUGCCCUUAAAGAGGUCGCUUUUAGUGGAGGCAACACCAAUACAGGCAAGGCCAUACUCCAUACUGUGCGAAACUUCUUCAAUCCUGAUUUUGGAGCACGGAGGGGUCAUCCCCGGAUUAUUGUGGCGUUUGUUGAUGGAUGGCCCUCUGACACCCUGGAGGAUGCAGCGGUAAUGGCUAGAGAAUCUGGAAUGAACUUGUUUAUAGUGAAUGUGGCCAAACCUAUUCCUGAGGAGAUGGGAUUGGUGAGGGAUCAGGAUUUCAUGAAGAAGGCAGGCUGCAAAGACAAUGGUUUCUUCACAAUGACCAUACCGAGUUGGUUCAGCACAAGUAAGUUUGUGAAGCCUCUGGCUCAGAAGCUCUGCUCUGUUGACCAGCUGCUUUGCAGCAAGACAUGCUAUAACUCAGUCAAUCUGGGCUUCCUGAUUGAUGGAUCCAGCAGUGUGGGAGAUGCAAACUUCAAACUAGUUCUAAGCCUCCUAAGCUCCAUUGCUCGCAACUUUGACAUUUCUGACAUUGGCUCACGCAUUGGAGCUGUGCAGUUUACAUAUGACCAGAAAUUGGAGUUCGGUUUUAGUGAUUAUACCAAAAAGGAUGACGCCUUGAGAGCCCUCCAGAACAUCCAGUACCUAAGCGGCGGUACAGCCACUGGGGAUGCCAUCACUUUUUCUAUGGAGAAUCUCUUCCUGCCCCGUAGCAUGGGAACGGGCAAGAACUUCCUCAUCAUUGUUACUGAUGGCCAGUCCUAUGAUGAUGUUAGGGGGCCAGCCAUAGCUGCUCAAAGGCAAGGAAUCACCGUGUUCACUGUGGGUGUAGCUUGGGCUCCAAUGGAGGACCUGAGAGCCAUGGCAUCAGAGCCCAAAGACACACACACCUUCUUUACCCGCGAGUUCAGCGGCCUCGAGCAAUUUGAGCAGCCCAUCGUACGGGCAAUCUGCAGGGACUUUACAGAGUUCAAUUAAAGAGUUAUGAGUUUGGGUGGGUAGGAAGUGUGUGGGUGGGGGGACAAUAAAGCGAAAGCUAGUUAAAAUAAAUAAAUAAAUUGUGGGUUAGCCUGUCUGGUCAUUUGUUCAUGUAUUCGAGCAAAACUAGUUGUAUGUUUUUUUUUUCUAGGUAUAUUUUCCUGGUGUAAAGAUCCCCUUUAUUGUAGUGUUUGUCAUCAGAAGAGUAUGCAUGGUUUUUGCUUUAGUAGUGUGAUUGGACCAAAAGACUCUGACUUAUUCUGACUAUAAAGUUACAACUCUAUAUUAAACUCAUACUAACAAUGGCAGAUGUUACAAGAGAUGCUUUCUGGUAUUAUGGCAUUGUAGAAUGAAGGGCAAAAAGAUUUAAAAGAUUGUCCCUCACAGGUUGCCCAAGAAAGAUUUAAUGUCCAGGCUAAUGACCAAAUGACAAGGCUGCCCUCUUGUGCGUGUCACUGGUACUACAGAAAACCUGAGAGAAAUUCCACAGGUUGAAGACUAACCAAAUCAUACCAUUGUCUGGGUUAUAUCACACCAUGCACUUACACAAGCACUGUACUUCACAUAUCUUGUGACUUAGUUACAUCUUCUCAUAAUAUAUUAUGGUCACAUUUUAUAUUCAUAUCCUCAUGUGUUCACAAAUGAGAUUUGAUUUGAAUUAUACAUACUAACAUUGAUCACACACAAUUACUUGUUUCCUAAAUUAUCCUUAAUGCUCAGUUAUGCUCUUACCAUGUCUUUCUUAUAUACACAUAAAUAUGCAUGCUUAAGUGCCUUGCAAACUGAGAAGCAACAGCAGUGUGAUUGUACAUUUCUGUUUAAUUUAUUACUUUCUUCUCAAUAAAAGACAAGGUAUUUUUACAUAAUA